CUGCUAUAUUUAAGAUUGAAACAAAUAAGAGAAAAUGAAAAUGAAUACUUUUAUUCCUAUGGGAUUUAACACACAGAUUGGGCAAGUCCAACAAGGUUAUUCUUUGAUACCUGGAUACUUCCUAGUAAGUUAUCCAAUGGUCGAUUCUCAACAAAUGGGGAAUCUCAACGAUAUUCAGGUUGAGAAACUAGCAGAAGAUUACUGACUUUGCGAAUUGAAAAACCAAGAGGCUGAAGAGAAGUCUGAAGUGAAAGAAAAGACCAAAAAAAUUAAUGAAGACUUCACUGUAGUUGAAGAUGAAAAAUUUAAAGAACCUGAGAAGUUAGGUGAGAAGAAGAGAAGAUGCUUUAAGACUGAGAAAGAUAACGAUGUCCUUGAGCCAUUCCAAUUCAAGUAUAUCCAUGUUGGCACUUCCAGGUACAAAAGAAAGAUCAUUCAGUGUCUUUAUGAGGGCUGAAACAAGACAUUUGGCAAGAGUUGGAACUUUAGAGAUCACGCACUUAUGCACGAAGGCCAUAAGCCUUAUAAGUGAUCUAUAUGUGGCAAAUGUUUCACUCAGAAAGGCAAUAUGAAGAAGCAUGUUAAGCUUCAUGAAGGAAAGGAUGUCACUUUGAGGAAGUCAUUUAAAUGAAUCUAUUGCUCGAAGUCUUACACAGAGAGGUAUAACCUAAGAAGUCAUCUAAAGAAAGUGCAUAAAGUAACAAAAGCCUCCAAAGAAAUCGCAAAGGCACUAGAUUACAAGUACGCUAAGACUCCGACCCUGCCGGUGGAUAAGGAAACUUAAUUUCUUGCAUAAAAAGUUUUAAUGGACUUAAGUGGGACGG